AUGGUCGCGAAUAUAGUGGAGACUAGCUGCUCGUACACGGAAACGGCAUACUGCCAUGUCCCCGCCGAGCAUCGUGAUUACAUUGCGCUCUAUACGGCCUGCAUGCUGUACGGCGAAGACGUAGGAGGCCAGGAUUCCGAUGCCGUGUCACAGUUCGCCUGUCGCUUGGUUAAGGGAGAGCCGCAGGUGCAUCCGAUCUUCGACCGGCUCGCUAGUCUUUUGAAGGAGGCACACAUGUAUUGGACUGACGUUGGUGCCGACGCGAUCAUCACGGGUACGGUGGACGCCCUCUCGGCCACACACAUCGAGUUUGCCACGAGCGGUUUGCGUAUCGCGCCAUGGGCUACACGCUACCCAUAUUAUCUCCGGACAAGGGCCGGUGGCGGACCUCAAUAUACGCACUUCAUGUUUGCAAGGAGUUGGCGGGAGAAAGCGGAUACCUAUCUGCAAAUCCUACCCAGUCUCUCAUUUUAUAAAGAGGAAAUUGCCGGAGAGAAGAGCAAUUACGUCCAUCUGCGAGCGGAUGCAGAACGUGUAUCUCCUCUAGAAGUCCUACGACAUCUGACGGAAGAAGUUCUCGACUCCGCUGAGAGAAUUGAGAGAGUCGUUGCCGACGACCAUGAGCUGUCGGCGCUUUGGCACAAAUAUCUCCAGUGCUACCUGGAGUUCUCCAUCAGAACGCCUAGAUACCGUCUUGCCGAGUUGGGGUUUAAUCCAUGA